CCAUAAGUCCACACUUUUCCUUUUUCUCUCUGUCUCACACACACACACACACUUCCAUAUCUGUGUUCAGAACAGAACAGAGCUGUGUUUCUGUUCCUGUUGUCAAUGGAAAGCUGGUAAUUAUCAGAUCAAACACCACCAUUGGAUUCUACUCAGCUCGCCCUCUCUUGAUCUUCCCACUACUCACGCACCGGCACCGCCUGCAUCUCCUUCAUUCGAAUCGGCUUGCGCGAGUACAUGUAACGGGUCGCUGCUUUUCUGCUGGCGGGUGGGGAAUUGCUUGGUGUUGUGGAAUCUAUGUAGUUCUAUGCGGGGGUGCUGGUUCUGUGGCUUUGGCGUGUAGUUGAUUGAAGGUGAUAUUAGUGUAUGAGCGUUGGUGGUGGAUGGGGGUUUUGGAUUUAGGGCUUGUUUCAGAAAGUGUGAAUUUGUUGUCGGUGGUCGCGGAACGGCAAUAGGAUGAGCAACACUGAUGUCAGCAGAGCUGGUGGAGCUGUCGAGAGAGACAUCGAACAGGCCAUAACUGCUCUGAAGAAAGGUGCAUACUUACUGAAGUAUGGAAGAAGAGGGAAGCCUAAAUUUUGUCCAUUCCGCCUAGCAAAUGAUGAGUCUGUUCUGAUCUGGUUCUCCGGCAAAGAGGAGAAGCACCUUAAACUUAGUCAUGUUUCCAGAAUUAUAUCUGGCCAGCGGACUCCAAUUUUUCAAAGGUAUCCAAGACCUGAGAAGGAAUACCAGUCGUUCUCUCUCAUAUACAAUGACAGAUCACUUGAUUUGAUAUGCAAGGACAAGGAAGAGGCAGAAGUGUGGUUUAGCGGCCUUAAGGCAUUGAUAUCACGUGGUCAACAACGCAAAUGGAGAACCGAAUCAAGGAGUGAUGGCAUUUCUUCUGGUGCUAAUAGUCCCAGAACAUACACAAGAAGAAGUUCACCACUGCACUCUCCAUUUGUAAGUGGUGAAAAAUUGCAGAAGGAUGGCAGUGAUCAACUCCGCCUCCACAGUCCAUAUGGAAGUCCUCCUAAAAACGUUCUAGACAAGGCAUUUUCAGAUGUUAUAUUAUAUGCUGUGCCUCCUAAGAGUUUCUUCCCAUCAGAUUCUGCCAGUGGUUCUGUUCAUUCUGUGUCAUCUGGAGGUUCAGAUGGCUUACAUGGUCAUAUGAAGGGAAUGGGAAUGGACACAUUUAGAGUAAGCCUUUCUAGUGCUGUUAGCUCAUCAAGUCAAGGAUCGGGUCAUGAUGAUGGUGAUGCCUUAGGAGAUGUUUUCAUAUGGGGUGAAAGCACUGGCGAUGGUAUUAUGGGUGGUGGUCUACACAGAGUUGGAAGCAAUUUUGGUGUCAAAAUGGAUGCACUGUUGCCCAAGGCCUUGGAAUCUGUUGUUGUAUUGGAUGUUCAAAACAUAGCUUGUGGUGGACAACAUGCUGCUCUAGUGACCAAACAAGGAGAGAUGUUCUCUUGGGGUGAGGAAUCAGGUGGCAGGCUUGGUCAUGGUGUAGAUGCUGAUGUCUCACAUCCAAAGCUAAUUGAUGGGCUUAGCAAUACUAACAUUGAACUUGUUGCAUGUGGUGAAUAUCAUUCCUGUGCUGUGACACUUUCUGGAGAGCUAUACACAUGGGGUAAUGGUCAUUUUGGUAUUCUUGGGCAUGGGAAUGAAGUGAGUCAUUGGGUUCCAAAAAGAGUAAAUGGGCCUCUUGAAGGGAUACAUGUUUCUUCGAUUUCAUGUGGACCUUGGCAUACAGCUGUUGUGACCUCUGCUGGGCAGUUGUUCACUUUUGGUGAUGGAACUUUUGGAGUUCUUGGUCACGGAGAUAGAAGAAGUGUUUCAAAGCCUAGAGAAGUGGACUCUUUGAAGGGUCUGCGCACUGUGCGAGUGUCAUGUGGUGCUUGGCAUACUGCUGCCAUUGUAGAAGUUAUGGUUGGAAGCUCGAGUUCCAGCAAUUGUUCUUCUGGAAAACUUUUUACAUGGGGUGAUGGUGACAAAAGUAGACUUGGACACGGUGAUAGGGAAACAAAACUUGUUCCGACCUGUGUUGCUGCUCUUGUAGAACCAAACUUUUGUCAGGUUGCUUGUGGACACAGUCUGACAUUAGCUCUCACAACAUCUGGACAUGUAUACACUAUGGGGAGUCCUGUUUAUGGGCAACUGGGAAACCCACAAUCUGAUGGGAAGCUCCCAUCUCGUGUUGAAGGAAAACUCUCGAAGAGUUUUGUGGAAGAGAUAUCUUGCGGUGCCUAUCAUGCAGCUGUGUUGACUUCGAGGACUGAAGUUUAUACAUGGGGAAAAGGAGCAAAUGGUAGACUGGGCCAUGGAGAUACAGAUGAUAGAAAUGCUCCAACUUUGGUUGAAGCUCUAAAAGACAAACAAGUAAAAAGCAUUGCCUGUGGUACUAAUUUUACUGCAGCGAUCUGCCUACAUAAGUGGGUAUCUGGUGUCGAUCAGUCCAUGUGUUCUGGCUGCCGUCAACCAUUUAACUUCAAAAGAAAACGUCACAACUGUUAUAACUGUGGGCUUGUUUUUUGUCAUUCAUGCAGCAGCAAGAAGUCACUGAGAGCUUCAAUGGCACCAAAUCCCAACAAACCGUACCGUGUUUGUGAGAAUUGUUUUAACAGAUUGAAAAAAGCUAUUGAAACUGAUACAUCAUCUCGCUCAUCCAUGGGUCGAAGGGGAAGUAUGAUUAAUCAGGGGAUAAAUGAUAUCAUUGACAAAGAUGAUAAGCUGGACACAAGAUCUCGUCCCAAUCCUGCUAGGUUCCCUUCCAUGGAAUCCCUUAAACAAGGAGAGAGCCGCAUCUCGAAGAUUAACAAAAAACUGGAAUUUAAUAAUACCCGUGGUUCACCAAUCCCAUCUGGGAGUUCACAAUGGGGGGCCCUCAAUAUCUCAAAGUCUUUCAACCCAGUUUUUGGCUCGUCCAAAAAAUUUUUCUCUGCUUCAGUUCCUGGAUCAAGAAUUGUUUCUCGAGCUACAUCACCAAUAUCUAGACGAACUAGUCCUCCUCGUUCAACUACACCAACCCCAACCUUGGGAGGACUCACAUCACCUAAAAUUGUUCUAGAUGAUGCAAAGAUGACUAAUGAAGGCCUUAGCCAAGAAGUUAUUAAAUUAAGAGCACAGGUGGAAAAUCUCUCUCGCAAGGCUCAACUUCAGGAGGCAGAACUAGAAAGAACAACUAAACAGCUGAAGGAGGCAAUAGCAAUUGCUGGGGAAGAGACUGCAAAAUGCAAAGCUGCAAAAGAAGUAAUUAAAUCAUUGACGGCACAGCUUAAGGAAAUGGCUGAAAGGCUUCCUGUUGGUCCUGCUAGAAACACCAAAUCUCCUCCCUUGGGCGCCCUUGGUCCCCCUCCUUUACCUAAUGAUGUUGCAGAUGCCUCUGUAGAUCGAGCGAAUGGUCAAGCAAGUAGCCAGGAGCUGGAAUCGCACGAGUCGAAUGUGUUACACUCUAACGGGUCCAGCACUGCAAGUAAUCGCAGCUUGGGUAGCAGCAGGCAAGGCUACUCGGAAGCAUCUGUGAGGAAUGGAAAUAGGGUAAAAGAAAGUGAUUCUCGCAGUGAAAAUGAAUGGGUUGAGCAAGAUGAGCCGGGUGUUUAUAUUACUCUUACCUCCCUUCCUGGAGGACUCAAAGAUUUGAAGCGAGUUCGCUUUAGCCGGAAAAGAUUCAGCGAGAAGCAAGCAGAACAAUGGUGGACGGAGAACCGUGCAAGAGUAUAUGAACAGUACAACGUGCGAAUGGUUGACAAAUCAAGCGUUGGCGUGGCGAGCGAGGACUUGGGGCAUUGACAGUCGACGAAGCUUAUGUAUGUGUGUUUCUGUACUCCUCUUUGUCAUUCAUCCUGUGCAUUUCUGCUUCAGCCAUAGAUAAAGAAAAAUAACAAAAAUGAUAUUGUUUGAGUAGCAUAAUAGGUUUGGCAUUGUUGUUCAAAAGGGUUGGCUUUCCAUUUGCCAUAAAGAGAGAGUAGAGAGGAUUUCUAAUCCUCGGGGUUUCGGCUUUUCGCCAUUCUUAACCAUCUAUCAUCCAUUGUUCUCAUGGCUUGACUCUGGUUUAUGAUUUUUUUUCCCCCCAUAUCAGAUGUUGUUGGCUUGCUCGGGGUUGAGGGUAAAAUUGUAAAUUCCAUGAUAGGUUGCUGACUAGUUGGGCGUAGGGAUGACAAUAGGUCGGGUCGGGUCGACUCGAGGCCUGAAGGCUUUCAUGUAAAUUCUACAGGCGAAUGCAUCAUGGCAUUUUACUUUUGUGGUAUGUUUUCUCUUUGGCAUUUAUCAAUCAUUUGGUUUCUUAUA